AUGGCUCUUGAAAAUGGGCUCUAUGCAAUCGUCGCGGAUGGUGUGCACUCACUGCACCCGAAGAGCCUGGGAUACCAUGCACAACUGUAUUGUGUGCAUGGAGUUUGUAGCCGAGAAGUGGACGUGCCGCUGAUGUUCUGCAUCACGGAAAAGAAGACGCGUCGGGUUUAUAAGAAGAUUUUUGAGCACUUGAAAACGAAUCUGCGAGGGGAAACCCCUCGACGCAUAGUGCUCGACUUCGAAAAGGCAGCUAUUCAUGCUGCCAAAAUGGUCUUCCCUACCGCGUCUGUGGAAUGCUGUGCAUUUCAUUCUGGCCCAGGCCUGGAACCGAAAAAGGGACGCACUCACACUUGGGAAUAUCACAGGAAUCGUUUUUCUCCCACAAGGGCUACUGCGGGAUGUACGAGCCCUGCACAAUCCUCCGGUACCCUUAGCGACCACAGUGCCUAUGCAGACUGCCAGGAGUUCCUAGAUUAUUUGAGGACUAUCUGGAUUGACGGACCAUUUAAAGGACUAUGGUGCAAAUGGGGUCUUGAGGAAGUUGAGAACAACCAACUUGGCUGA